CAAGACCCUUGCUGAAGGUCUAAAGGGUGGAAAAUUAUGGGGUAAUGCUACUAAAACCAUACCUAAGCCUCGGAAUUUCCUCACUUCAUGGACAAACUUCUGACUAGACUUCUGAGCGCGAGAACACCCUCUUCGCUUUUCACUGCUCCUUCUUGAUCCAGAGGAGCCACAGUCAGAGCAACAGUCCGGCUCCAUUUCUAUCUUAGCUAAAAGAUGGCUGAACCUAUUGCUGUCAUUGGCCUAGAUGCCAAGCUUCCAUGCGACGGAGAUACUGUCGAGAAGUUCUUUCAGUUCCUAGUUGACGGAAGAUCUGCGAGAGGACCUGUUCCAUCCGAUCGAUACAAUGCGGAAGCUUUCUGGCACCCCGACCAUCACAGAGACGGAGUGAUUGGCGGCAAAGAAGGACACUUCUUGAAUGCUAAUGUGAAGGCGUUUGAUGCGCCCUUCUUCGCCAUGACACCUGCUGAGGCUGCAAACUUGGAUCCUCAGCAGCGAAUGCUGCUUGAAUGUGUUUACACUGCCAUGGAAAACGCUGGUUAUACCAUGGCUGACAUGCACAACUCGCUAACGGGCAUGUAUGUUGGAUCGUUCAUGUGGGACUUUCGUGAUCUUUUGAUCAAAGACGUGGAUGUACCGAUGACGUACACUGCGACCGGUACCAUCGCUAGCACAUUAGCUGGGCGCGUCUCAUGGUUCUAUGGUCUGAGAGGACCGGCUCUUAGCGUCGACACUGCUUGUUCAAGUAGCAUGGUCGCUCUUCACCAGGCUGUUGUUGGCUUGAAGUCCCGCGACUGUAACAUAGCAAUUGCAUGCGGCACCAACGUAUUGCUCACACCUGAAAUGGGCCUGGAGCUCAACGGCCUUGGUGUUCUUGACCCAGCAGGUGCCUCGAAGAGCUUCGAUAAGAGUGCAAACGGAUACGGAAGAGGCGAAGGUAUCGCAGUGGUCGUUCUCAAAAGGCUGUCAGAUGCAGUUCGCGACGGAGAUACCAUCCGUGCUGUUAUCCGCAAUUCCGGAUGCAACCAUGACGGUCACUCUCCUGGCCUUACGGCACCUGCUAAGGAGGCCCAGGCUGAACUUAUGCGAAUGACAUAUGCUAAAGCCCAGCUUGACCCUUCUGAAACGCGCUUUUUUGAGGCCCACGGAACUGGAACCAACGUGGGCGAUCCCACUGAGGCGGCUGCUAUCAGCGAAAUGUUCACCCCGUAUCGUUCGGCAGAAGAGCCUCUGAUCAUUGGAGCCCUCAAGAGCAAUAUCGGACACACCGAGGGCAACUCUGGCGUUGCAUCUUUCAUUAAGGGUGUACUCUGCCUGGAAAAGGGUAUUAUCCCUGCAAACGCAUGGUUCGAGGAGAAGAACCCCAGGAUUCCAGACGAGUGGAAUCUCUAUUUUCCGACCAAGGCGAUGCCCUGGCCCAAGACCAAGUCAGGUGUCCGUCGACUUUCCAUCAACUCGUUCGGUAUUUCGGGCACAAACGCGCACGUCGUUAUGGACGACGCCCUUACUUGCCUCAAAGAGCUUAACUAUGUGGCGCCUCACCGAACUGUCGAAGUGCCUCGACUGCCAGACCCAUCUUCGAGCCAAAUAACUCCGGUCAUCAAUGGGACUCAUUUUACUCCGCAGCUGUUUGUCUUUAGCAGUCAGGAUCAAGAUGGCAUCACUAGAAUUUGCAACGCAUACAAGGAAUACUUGCCAACCAUGACUGAGUCUCUUUACAAUCUCAGCUACACAUUAGCGACGAAGAGGUCUCGGUUCCAUUGGCGCAGCGCAGUCGUCGCCAGUUCAGGAAAGGAAUUGGAAGACAUCCUUUCCAAAAGCCAAUCAGCUACGCGGGCUGUCGCCGAACCCGGUCUUGGACUUGUAUUCACGGGCCAGGGAGCGCAGUGGGCUCGCAUGGGACAUGGGCUCAUGCACUACUCACCCUACCGACAAAGUCUCGAAAGUGCAGAUGCGUAUCUCAAGACGGUGGGAUGCGAAUGGUCUGUCAUCGAUGAACUUUCAAAGAAGGCUGAAGACUCCCGGAUCAAUGACGCUGAAUUCUCGCAAACUUUGUGCACCGCUGUACAGGUUGCUUUGGUCGAUCUACUGGCUGAUUGGGGGGUGCAAUUCCGUGCUGCUGCCGGUCAUUCCUCUGGUGAAAUCGCAGCUGCCUACUCUGCUGGUGCUAUUUCGCAAGAGUCCGCUUGGCGUAUUGCAUACUGGCGUGGAAAGCUCUCUGCCAAGUUGGCUCGCUCUCCCGAACAGCCAAAGGGUACUAUGGCCGCUGUCGGCCUGGGCUUGGACAAGGCUCUGGAGUACAUCGACAGAGUCAACAAGUCUGGCUUCGAGAGCGUUGGAAAACUUGCUGUUGCUUGCAUGAAUAGCAAAACCAGUCACACUAUCAGUGGAGAUGUUGCGCAAAUCGAUGCACUGGUUCAACUGCUCAACGAGGAGUCCAUCUUUGCUCGUAAGCUCAAGGUCGAGAUGGCGUACCACUCGAAGCUCAUGGAGCCUAUUUCAAAGGAGUACGCCAGCUUAAUCGGAGAGAUUGAGCCAGGCUCGCCCAUCGGCCAAUCCUCUAACGUGCAAUUCUUCUCAUCGGCAUACGGGUCGCAUAUUCAACACUCCAAGCUUCGAGAGGCCGCUUACUGGACUACGAACCUAACGUCGCCAGUCAGGUUCAACGAGUCAAUGACAGCCAUGCUUCAAGCCCUAACCGGUGUCGAGGGCGAAGGUAGCAAAUCCCAUCUCGUCACAGACAUUAUCGAGAUCGGACCCCAUUCGGCCUUACAGGGCCCGCUACGAAACAUUAACGAUGAGGUCAGAGGCAACGCCGGUGUCAAGUAUCAUCAUCUCCUCAAGCGUGGUGAGCCAGACUUGCAAAUAAGCAUGGAGGGAGUUGGAUCUCUGUUCACUCGGGGGAUUGAACUUGACCUGGUAAAGGUCAACCACGUUGACGGAGUGCAGCCGUCAAUGAUGAUUGACCUUCCUCGGUAUCCCUUCAACCACACUCGGGAAUACUGGAACGAAUGUCGACUCAGCAGAAACUUCCGCUUCCGCCCGUACCCUCGCCACGAGCUCCUCGGAGCGCCCGUCAAUGACUGGGACGGCCAACAUGAUGCCAUCUGGCGCAAUUGGAUUCGUCUCUCGGAGAACCCGUGGGUGGAACAUCACACUAUCUCCGGAUCUGUGUUGUACCCUGCUGCGGGCAUGCUCGUCAUGGCAAUUGAGGGUUGCAAACAGCUCGCCGAGCGUUCGUGUCCCGAGAAGAAAAUCAAGGGAAUCCGUUUCCGUGAGGUCUCUUUCCAUUCAGCGUUGCAGGUUCCCGACGACGCGAUGGGCGUCGAGUCACACUUGUACCUGCGACCCGUCAAGCAGGCCGCCUUGGAGACGAAGCCUUCGGCUUGGCGCGAGUUCCAAGUCUGCACCGCCCAGGAUGAUGACCAAUGGCGGGAACACUGCUGUGGCCAGGUCCUCAUCGAGUUUGAAGAGGCAGCAUCAGCUGUAGAUGGCGGCCUUGAAGAUGAAGCGUUCAUGGCCCAUUGCAAGGCCAGAAUUGAUGACGCUCAACAGAAGUGCAAGACUCGGGGCACAUCCGACAAGAUAUACCAAGCGUGGGAAGAUGUCGGCUUUGUGUUUGGCCCAACGUUCCAAACCGUGUCGGACUUUGCUGUCGACCACGAAUCAGGCGUAACUCUGGCCAAGGUCAAGCCGACCGUACCCUUGCUGAAGACGAUGAUGCCCAAGGAAUAUCUUCGACCGCAUUUGAUCCACCCAACGACACUGGAUGGCGCACUCCAAGCGUGCUUGGUACCACUUGUGUCUAACCCCGCCAAGAAACAAAAGAGUCCCAUUGUCAUUUCUUUCAUGGACGAGCUCUGGGUUUCCGCUUCCCAGCAUUCGGAAGACGAAUAUCUCGUUUUCGCAGACUCCGCCUCUCAUGGGCGCAAAAAGCAUCUCAUGUCCUGCACUGCUGUGGACUCCAAGUCAAACGAGCCCAUGAUCAAACUCUCGGGCUGUAUUGUGACAGAGGUCGACGGUUCUGACGACUCUACAUCUGUACAUGACCCACGCCACAGAGCAUGGAACAUUGAUUACAAGCCGGAUCCCGCGCUUCUCCGUACCGAGAAGGCCGAGAAGAUCUUUGAAGGAGCCGAGGGCUUCCACAAGUAUCUGGAUGCACUUGCUCACAAGAACCCGUCGAUGAAGUUCCUCGAUAUCAGCAACGGCACUUGCACCUCGGCAAAGAAAGUCUUGUCCACCCUGGGACAGCGCUAUGUCCAGUAUGACCUUGUCGACAGCUCGUCUUCUUUCUUGGACGAGGCGCGAACAAGCAUUUCCGAAGAAGGCAAUGUUCAAUUCAAGGUUGUUGACAUCAAGGCUGAGCUAGCUUCUCAGGAUGUCGAGUUGGCAUCGUAUGAUGUUCUAAUUGCACCGAUUCGCGCCAUACCUAACAACGAUAUUGACGGGGUCCUUCGCAGAAUUUUGAGGCUCCUCAAGCCCGAGGGCAAGCUCCUUCUCACAGAGGCACGAAGCAAAGCCAUGGCAAAAAUUUGGGGCACUUGCUUGACCCGGAACGGAUUCGCUGGUGUCGAUGCUAUGCUUAGUAACCAAGGCUCCUUGGUCCUGAUCUCGAGUGCUCCGUCACAAGAGCGCAGCAACGGAGCAGCGACCUCCGGGACCUACUACGUCGUUGGCAACAUCUCUUCAGAUGCCCAACGCCUCGUGGCUGAAAGACUGGCAUCCUGCUUGGCUGAGAAGGGCGUGGCAGCCAAUAUCGCUACGAUCGAGCAAUACGCUCAGUCCACAGCGGGAGCCAGUCAACAAGAGAUUUCCGAGAGUACUUGUAUCCUACUCGCUGAGUUGGAAGCACCUCUGCUCGCUUCAGCCAGCGAGGAGGUCUUGGCUGCCGUGAAGACCAUGGUGGCCGGUAAACGGCUGCUGUGGGUUACCAAGGAAGAGACCCCUGAGGCUGCUCUUGUCAACGGCUUUGCCGCAACCAUUCGUCUGGAGAGACCCGAGCUCGAAUUUGUGGCCAUCACUUUCCAAUCGCAAGAGGAUACAGACACCACCGCGGAUAGGAUCUUCGAGAUUGAUCAGAGCGUUUCAUCCAACAAGGGGCCCUACGAAACCUCAUACAAGGUUAUCGAUGGAUCAAUCACCGUUCCACGACUCGUUGAGGCUUCCGCUGUGACGAGACACAUCAAGCAGAUUCCCAACGAGGCCAUCGCCGAAGUUGCUUUUGGAGCAGACCUGAGCCGUCCUCUGCGUCUUCAGAUCCAACACGUCGGCCUACUCAGCUCUCUACGCUUCACUGACGAUCACCUGUAUGCAACUCCCUUGGAAGAGUUCGAGGUUGAGUUCCAGACCAUGGCUACUGCUGUCAACUUCAAGGAUUUGGCCGUAAUGCUUGGCAAGAUCCAGGAAACGCCUGUUGGUCUUGAGGCUGCAGGUAUCGUUACUAGGGUAGGAGCGGGAGUGACUCGCUUCAAGCCUGGCGAUCGUGUCUUCGGCUUCACCUUCAACGGCGCUUUCUCUACCUAUGGCAGAGGCGCUGAGGGCACUCUUGCGAAGGUGCCCGAGAACCAGUCCUUUGCAGAGGCUGCGGUUAUCCCCAUUGUGUAUACGACGGCUUACGCCUGUCUGUACGACAUUGGCGGGUUGGACAAGCGUACGAGACGCGGCCAAAAGUCUACUGUGUUGAUCCACGCGGCGGCCGGCGGUGUCGGUCAGGCUGCUAUUCAGCUCGCUCAGUGUGAGGGCGCCGAGAUCUUUGCCACAGUAGGCAGCCUCGAGAAGCGUGAUUUCCUCGAGAAGACUUAUGGAUUGCCACGAGACCACAUCUUCUCGAGCCGCGACUUGACCUUCAAAGAGGGCGUCUUGAGAAUGACUGGCGGCCGUGGAGUCGAUAUCGUCAUCAACAGUCUCUCUGGUGACACGCUCCGUGCCACCUGGGAAAUCGUCGCACCAUUCGGAUCCUUUGCCGAGAUUGGUUUGUCCGACAUUGAAUCCAGAUCUCGUAUCUCCAUGGGCACCUUUGCCCGCGGUGUGAGAUUUGAGUCUCUCGAGUUGAACUACAUGCGGCAGACAGACAGUGGACGACUCGACGACCUCUUCGCACGCGCCAUGGAGAGUGUUAUCGGCCUUGGUAUUGACCGUAAGACACCCAUCACGAGGUAUCCUGUGUCUAAGAUACAAGAUGCAAUGCGCUUCAUGCAGUCCGGCAAGCACAUUGGAAAGAUUCUCGUCGAGUGCAACCACGACGAUGUUGUCCAGGUGGUGGAGCGUUCACUACCCACGACUAAAUUCACCUCAGACGCAACUUACGUCGUUUCUGGCGGCUUCGGAGGCCUUGGCAUCGAGAUAAUUCGCUGGAUGGCACAACAGGGCGCGCGCAAUAUGAUCGUGACAUCGAGGAAGGGACCUGUUGAUGAAUCGGCAAAGGCUCUGAUUGCAGAACUACAGAGCAACGGCGUCAACAUCGUCACUCCUUGCUGUGACAUCACCGACAAGAAGGCCUUGGAGGAAGCCAUCGUCUUGGCUCUCUCCAAUAUGCCUCCAGUUCGUGGAUGCAUCCAAGCUUCCACAGUGCUUCGCGACAAUGUCUUCACUAGCAUGACUGCAGAUGAGUGGCAUGGAGCCGUUAACGUCAAGGUUGCUGGAAGCAAGAACUUGUGGGAAGUGCUUACCUCCGACUCGACCCUUGACUUCUUCGUCAUGUUGUCUUCUCUCACAGCCGUUACCGGCAACACAGGCCAGUCAAACUACAGUGCGGGCAACGCGUACCAAGAUGCUAUGGCCAAACACCUUGCAUCUCAGGGUCACAACGUUGUCGCGCUCAACGCACCAGUGAUGAGCGAUGCUGGCAUGGUCGCUGUGAGACCAAUGCUGAGGGAGUAUCUUCUCUCCAUCGGCUGGGCAUACAUGUCUGUCGGGGAGCUCCUCAACGCGUUGGACUACUACUGUCGCCCCACGAAGCCAGGCCAGGGCAAGGAGAUAAGCACCAAGGACGCCCAGGUCAUUCCUAUGCUCUGGCUCCCCAAGUACUCGGCAGACGAGGGCGCGGAGCAGCCCACUUGGCAGCACGAGCCGAUGUACAACCACUUGGUUCUGCACAGCGAUCAUGGCGGCAACUCUUUGCCGGGGAAGCACAGCUCCGGCAAACGAUCAACUGCCGACCUGAUCGCGGCAUCAGAGUCGCUGAAGCAAGCUGAGCAAAUCGUUCUAGAUGCCUUACUGGCGCAGUUGUCCAAGAUUCUCAGCUACGAGUUGGUCGAUCUUGACCCAUCAAGACCCCUGAACGUCUACGGCGUCGACUCGCUUGUGGCUGUAGAGCUUCGAGUGUGGAUGACAAAGGAGAUUGGAGCUGAUCUUUCAGUCUUUGAGUUGACUAGCGGUCAACGUAUUGCACAACUCGCUGGAAAAGCGGCAGCUUCUUCGAGAUUUCUGCCGAAUCUGAAGGAAGAGUGAAAUGUUGAGCCUUGCUGUACUUGAUACUCUAUGGCAACUCAGUCGAUGGAACGGACUGGCGCGAA